AUGUCUUCACUCGAGCCAAAGGAAAACAAUGGUAAACCGUAUGAAACACUUUUACGUUUAGGUGAUGAAAUCAUAUUUUAUGAUCAGAGCAACCAUAUCUUGACAGCUCAAAAUCCACUCGAGACACGCGCCUGUGUUCGACCGAACUCGCUACAGACAGCCAUAGGCACCACUUUGUUUCGCCUUGAGCCUCAACAAUCGUACAUGGCUCAAAAAGAGCUCGAGGCAUUUAUGGGUGAAAACGACCUCGAAACACUGAAAUGUGAAGCAACACCUGAAGAACUCGACCAGCUUGUUUUACUUGAACAAAAAGCGGCCAAAGAAAUAGCGCAAAAUGAGACUGAAAAGCAUCGGCUAUUAGGCAAACCUGUCUUGUAUGGACAAGUGGUUCAGUUAUUCAAUCAACAUUUCCAGAAAUACUUGACAGUGACAGGCAAAACUCGUCAAUCCUCAACACAUCACCAGCACAGACUCCAGGUGAAUCUGUCAAGUGAUUUCAUUGGGUAUUUCCGGAUUAUGCCGAGAUAUCGUAUUCGGUUUGUAGGGGAUGCGAUUCGAGUAGGCGAAACAGUGGCUUUACAGUGUGUUCGACCUGAAGGUUAUUUGAAUGUGGAUUAUACACAAAAGGAAGAAGACGAAUACCCUGUGUAUUCACAUACACAGAUAUCUUCAUGGGGCAUGAAAUUGCAUUAUUCUUCAGUAUCCGAUCAAGACACAAAACAUGUCAAAUACACUAAUUCAGGGCAUUAUAUUCGUCUUUAUCAUAAGGAGAUGGAGUCCUAUCUAGAAGCACCAGCCAUGCAUGGGGACACAGUGGUGCUGAAAAAGCAUCUGAUCAAUCCGCUAGAUCCAAAAGAAAGUGAUUCUCCCUUGGCCUUUUGGGAGGCAAACACCAGUCGAGGAUCCAAAGUACGUUGGAAGAAGCCAAUUCGUAUACGCCAUGCCGUAUCCAGAGGCUAUUUGUCCAUUGAUCCCAGCCAUGUUCGCAUCGACAUUGCUACAGGAAAAACCACAUUUACACUCAAACUACUUCAUUCACUGACACAUGUGGAUACCAGCCAGGAUACCACUUUAUUUCAAUUCAUGCCUGUCUCUGCACCUGCCAUGUCGGGCAUUCCUUACGGCUCGUUUGUCAGAAUCAAACAUAUCAUGACUGAAUGUUGGAUGCAUGCAGCAGAUAGUGAAGAUAGUCCUUUGCCACAGCCACCCACCAUGGCCCUCUCGCCUGCGAACUUUUCAACUUGGAAACAUAUCCGCUUUCAAUCCACAGACUCGUCUUUUUCGUCUGUGGUGGAGCAAACCAUAGAGCCCUUGGAUGCACAAGAUAUCAUGGGUACACAUUGGGACCCCUUGGCUACGUAUUACAGCAUCACCGCCUCGCCUGAAUUUUACUACCAUGAUUGCUUCUCCAUCACACGGGUCGAUCAAGCUUUGGCAGAUACUUUUAAUUUUGCGAAUGAGAUGAUUCCUCCCUUACAACGCUACCUAAGUCAAGACAGACAUUGUCUUGCAAACGAUCCUUAUCCUGUAGAAGAUGCUGAAUAUGAACUCGUUUGUCAGAUACUCAAGACAUUGAUUGAAUUCUGUACUCAGAGCAAAGAAACGAACCCAACCAAACGAGAAGGAUUGCCCAUUGAGUAUCAUCAAACUAUACUCAGAGACAUGAAUAUGAUUGAACUAGUGAUCCAUAUGAUCAGGGUGCCUUUUUACCUGACGAAAAGAAGACAAGUGAAAGCCAAGAUGCGUCAUGUUCAACACAAACCAGAGACACAGCACACAAUUGAAGAAAGACCGGUGCCUAUGACAGAACUCGAGACAGACUCCAAACUCAAGACAAUCCUUACUUUGUGUUACCAUGUACUGCGUGUGUUUUUAAUGCGCCAUCCUGCACUUGAGCAAGACAACGCAAGCCAAGACAAUCAACUGUAUGUCCUGAAUGAAGCAGGCACAGAGGGCAUGGCUUUAUUUAUUGACCAUUUAGAUUAUGAUAUGGGCACAUCAGAAGUAUUGAUCAAGCUACUAGAAGUGGUUGAACAAAAGAACAUGAUGUCACCAUCAAUGCUAGAUAACUUGAUUGACAAGACACUUUUCAAAACACAACAAGUGGUUCAUGCAUUACAGUAUCCGUCUCAACACAACAUGAAGCAAAAAAAUCAGUUUAGUCAUAUUCGGCUCUUGAGUGCACUUUGUUAUCGUGCUGUUGCUCCUACACGAGCAAAUACGACCACUACUUCUUUGUUGCUUCGGUUUCGUGAUAAAGUAUCAGAACAACUGUUUGGUCAACCAUGUUUAAUUCAGACACGACAGACGGAGGCAGGACAAGUGCAGAUAAAGAUCUUAGAAGACGAGUGGCGAGAUUUAAACAUGUUGACUGAAGAACAACCCUAUGCCCUAUUGUUUUUACAAGAUGUGUUGGAUUUGGUCUAUUCACUUUCAAACAAGACAAGUACAAAAAUGACUGAAUUAACAAGCCAGUGUAUCAGUAAAGAAGUUUGUCUUCAAUGUCUAAAGAACACAAAGUUACCUCGUAUACUUCGUACUAAGUUUUGUGAUCUUCUGAGAGCUCUCUAUAUCGAUAUCUUAAAGUUUGAAAAGGUGCCUUUGUAUGAUUAUACCAUUUAUAUUAGAUCCAUUGAAUCCAAUACAGACAAUUAUCCUUUUGGAUCCUCAGGCAUUGAUUCAGAGUUCUUUCAGAGCUUAAAACGCUGGAUUUUUCGCUAUUUAAGCACACAAAAUCACUUGUAUACCGAGAAAACAAAAGAUAUUCUGUUUUUGUCUUCUGUUCUUAAACUGGUCUAUACACAGCUGAGACUGGGCUUUUUUCAUACUACACGCAAUGUAGCCAUUUUAUUUCGUACGCUUGUCCAUGUCCUUGACGGGCGUACAGAUGCUAGGAACGAAGAACACUACAAACAUAUCACAGACAAAAAUGUGCUUCGACAAUGGCCUGAGCGCUAUGUUUUGACAGAAAAGAACCAGUUUGCCAUGAAUAUCAAGAUCCAAAUACUUGAUAUCUUUGACUUAAUAUUUGAUCUUCGACUCCGUGUACGCAUGACUAAGCUAGCCAAUAUAUGGAAAUCUGUGACGGAAGAUGCAUCUGCUGAAUAUCAUUGUUCGCCUGACGUAUCUGGUUUGUUCUUCAUGCUUCAAGUGUUUGAACAAACAGAGCUUCGUGAUCGUGAAGAAAGUUUAAUGCCUAUUCUUAAAGACAUUCUCAAGUAUCAAUAUGCACCUUUAAAGCAAAUUGCCAUUGUGGUUAUGCAUCGAUUAUUUACUGAUAGUGAAGAACUUUUUAAAAAAAUCAACAGUGCUAUUAUUCUCAAAGACAAUGAACAAGAGCAAACUUACCGACGUAUCAAAGAUCAGUUGACAAAGCUACAAGCCUUUAGUUUCUUUGAUAGUGAGAAUGAUGAACAUUGUCUUUUCCAUCUAUCGAGACUCAAGGAUAUUAUUGAAGAGCUAGAGAAGCUGUUGAUUGUUCCUUUGACCAAAGACCAGAGCACAACCAAAUAUGACAAGACCAUUUAUUGCCGCAUGUUCAAGAGUUUGAAUGCCUGCGACUUACUUGUGAAUGUACUCAAAUCACUUCAGCAUAUUCCUGCAAGAUACUAUCAUGCUUACAUUGACACAAUCACUGCCUGUCUUCGACUUUUAUGCAGUGCCGUUAAACAUGACAAGUAUCUUCAAAGUCAAUUUGUGUUGACGCAUAUCAAUCUCUUGAUUGAACUGACACAACUCUCGCCCGUCGUUGCUGAAAUGUUUGCUCGGUUAUGUGCCAAUAACUUGUACCUCAGUACACAUAUGAAAGAAGAACAUAUCAUUCGUAUCAUUACUACAUCUGAGGGAUAUCAAGGUGAAUAUCUGUUGGUCCUUCAUGAUCUUUUGAAGACACAAGGCAAAUCUAUCAAGCGAAAUCAAGACAUUGUGAUGCGCUUCAUCAUUAACAAUCGACAGGAAUAUAUUCCAUUUGACAACAUGGAGAGUCUAAAAAAGUUGCAUACUUCAAACUAUUGCAUUCAUUUGAUCAGUAUUUUAGGCACUUGUGGACAAGGUGAAAACUCAUUUGGACAAUCGUUUGCUCGUACUGUGUUUUCUAUUCAAGACAUCUAUCAUAUUGUACAUGAUGACCAAGUGUCUUUAGCACUCAAGUCAGUGAUGCUUAGUUUUCUGGCUUCGAUUUAUAUUGAAGACAUUGAAUUACCCUUGGACGUACCUGUGUAUGACAAUCCAGAUAUGCUGAAGCUCAUUACUGUAUCUGAAGUGGCCAUUGCUCAAUGCUUGUCUGGAACACACGACCCUGAAUUUCUAAAUUAUGUGUUUCGAGGCAUUUUGGUCUUUUUGAAAUCUGUGUUUGAGUACCACAUCUCGAUCGAAACAGCAGUGGAUCAACAAGCCGGUUUUUCGAGACUGGUCGAUAUGAUUGUGAAACUGAUUCCAUUGGCUGCACAUGAUGAAAAGGAUCUUCAGUCUGUCUUAGGGUGUGUAGAUAGUAUGAUCAAUGUAGCGGGAUUCAGAGGGACAGUGCAGCCCAGACUUUUACGGGAUACAUUAAAAGACGCGACCAUGACCUUGGACCGAUUACACCAUGAACCUUCUACAAAAACAGUACCUAUACAAGAUAUAGCCAAUAUCAGUUUUCAAAAGAUGUUUCAUGACAUUGAGAACAGUAUGUCUGUCAAGCAAUAUCAAAAAGAAGAAUACGAAAGAUUAUGUUCCCAUUUCACGCUUUCGAACGACCAUAGUAGUAUUGAAUCGUUGAUUGCUUAUUUAAACACAAUCACCACAACUACUGUUGAUAGACGCAUUGAACAUUAUCAGGUAGCCACCAUCAAACUACUAAAAGAGAUAGCCAUGAAAUACAUACGCAAACAAUCGAAGACUGAUCCCAAUGAAUAUGCAGCGUAUUAUGAAGACUUGGAAAUAAAGAAAAUCAAGGCACAAAACACAUUAAAUGAACUUGGAUGUACACUCGUGGCUCAAAACUUACUUUCUUCACCUCGAAAACAGAUCUUUGAUGCAGCCCUUAAACUCUUGAUUUCACUCUUGGAAGGUGGUAACAAGAAUGUACAGGAUAAACUUGAAGAGUAUUUUUAUAGUAUUCGAGAAGAACGAUUCUUUUAUUCUUUUCAUCAACGUUUGCAAAGUGGGAUUAAUGCCUCUAAAGAUGCUCAAAUUUAUCUUGCCCGUAGAAUGUACAAAAUGAAUCGUCAACAGUACAUGUUUGAGAAUGUCAUGCAACAACAGAAAAAGACGUCGAAGCAUAAAAGAGAGACAUCCAUGAGUUUCUUGGACAAUACGAAUUCAAUCAGCCAUAAGCGAAGCAGUCAUCAAUUCAUGCUACGAAAGGGCAUGUAUCAUUUUGGUCAACAAGAUAAAGAAACAAACGAACUGUACCGGGAAAUCUCUCAAUUGAUGGUUGCCAGUAACGAAUACACAUCUGAAUAUGGACACACCGUCAAAGACUUCAAGGUGAUGAAGGAUGCCAUGCGCACUUUGCAGUUGAUGGUCGAAGGCCAUAAUUUACACUUGCAAACGUAUUUGGCUAAACAACCUGACAAUAUUAAGAGUUUCAAUAUUGUGCUGGACGUAGUUGAAUACUUUCAUGCCAUUGUACCUCUUUGUGAUGAAAGCAGCAUCAGCUUGACCAUUCAAGUAUUGGACACUAUCACAGAACUAGCACAGGGUUGCUUAGAUAAUCAAGUAGCAAUCUUUAACAACAAGAUUAUCAAUCCUGUCAAUAUUAUUUUGAGAGAAUCCUAUGAGACGUGUGACCCUGUUAAAGUGAAUGAACUUAAGUCUAAAGUAGUUGUAUGUUUACUUAGUCUAUUAGAAGGUGGUAUUGAAAAUAGUGAGACCAUCUAUAGAGAAAUGAUUGAUUCCCUUGAUUUGAUGGCUGUCAGGAAUAACAUGGAGUCUAUUUACAAUGACAAUUUAGCCAAUCUUAAACUGUUUGAGAAGCUAGAAUGUGGCUUCUUGUAUUGUAUUCUUGUCAUGACCCUUCUUCCUGCUUUAGAACAAGAACAGAGUGCUUUACUUUUUGAAAACAAUCAUGCAUUUCAAUACUUUCAAAGUCACACUGGAAAGAUAGAAAUAGUCAUGGGUUAUGGACAAGAGAAGCAAUUGACUCGAGUAUUGUUCCCAAUUCCUGAAGUAUGUCAAUACUUAAGAGAAGGAACAAAGCAAAGGUUCUUAUGGAACGUAAAACGUGAAUCUCCUUCAAGCAAGAUUGAAGACUUUGUGCAACAAUCUGAACUGAUUAUUUACGAAAUCGAGAACCAAGCUCAUGUAGCACACAGUCAAUAUCUAUCUUUGUUGACUGGAUACAGUGUAUUUUGGUGGGAAGCAGCUUAUGGGGUCUCUGUCUUGUUAAACAUGUUACUGAUGAUUUACCCUAAAUUACUCGAGGCCAUGUUUACGCAUGAUGUUUCUCCUUUAAUUGUGGCGUGCAGAUAUUUGCUUGGCUUACUUCAUUUCGUGUUAUGGUUGUUACUCACUGCAGAAUUCUAUUUUAUUCAAUUACCUGUUUUGAUCAAUCGUCGCUAUGGUCCCGGCAAUAAUGCCAUGUUUUGGGCCACCGUAUCAGAAUCCAGAUUUCUAUAUCAUUUGGUUAUGGUUUCCUUCUCUAUUAUUGGUUUAGUCCAUCCAGGAUUUUAUUCUAUUCAUUUACUUGAUUUGUUGUUUCGUGACAGUGUGCUUCAAGGAGUCAUUUCUAGUAUCACACUCAAUAUCCAUUCGAUUUCUCGAACUGCUAUAUUGGGUAUUAUUGUGGUUUAUAUCCAUAGUAUCAUUGCCUAUAUGUAUUUCCGCAAAGAAUUUGAUGCUUCUAAAGGGCUGUUCUGUGGCUCUUUAACAGAAUGUUUUGUCACUGUCUUAUCACACGGUGUCAGAUCAGGUGGUGGUAUUGGUGAUAUUCUAGAACCUGAUGAACUGCUAAGACCAAAUGGAUGGAGAACGGUUUUUGAAAUGUCUUUUUAUUUAGUUGUUGUAGUAUUUUUGUUAAAUGCUAUUUUUGGUAUUAUCUUUGACACCUUUGGGCAUCUCCGUGAUGAGAGAUCAUCUAUUCAGCAUGAUAUGAAGAAUUCUUGUUUCAUUUGUAGUAUUCCAGCCGUUGAAUUCCAACGCCAUGCAAAAAAGGGGUUUGAGGAUCAUGUCAAAAAUGAUCACAACAUAUGGCAAUAUUUAUUCUUUUUGGUUCAUCUCAGGAACAAGGACCGAACAGAAUAUACAGGGCCAGAAUCUUAUGUGGCCAUGUGUCUCAAGAAUGCAGACUACAGCUUCUUUCCCAUCAACAAGGCUUUGGACUUGUCUAAGGACAGUCAAGAUGAAAAUGAAAGGCUAGAUAAACUUGAGGAAAUGAAUCAAUCAUUGGUGACCAAACUUGUGAAAUUAGAAGAACAGCUGGAAAAACUGACAGACAGCCAAUCUCGUUCAAGACAAAAUAGUUUAUUGCUUUCGCCUAUGUAA